AUGGUGGUGCGUGAAGGCGAUGAGGGGGUGUGCGCCUUGCACGAGUUGCUCCAAGGAAAUCGCGCUGUACCCAGUUCUGUCCAUAUCAUCAACAACUGCCCAACUCUACGUGUACAGACUUCCAAUGGCGCAGUUCACCUGAGCAUUUGCAGAUCACGAUGGGUGGAAAAUGGGCUUGAUACUCGUCAGAUGGGCGUAGAACACAGAGUUAGACAGUUCCAAAUUUUACAUCACAUUCAAACUUCAGGUUCCAGCCCCUCCCUGGCACAACAUGUGCGGGGCUCAUGCCAGCUGAUUUGCCUCACAGUUGAUCUCCCUCAUCUCACAACAGUUUCAGCAUCAAAUGCAAUGCCACUGUCGCGCAGUUGCAGUCCCAGCGGAAACCUCGAAUCAACGUCCCAAUUCCCAAAACAACUUCUGCGGAUUCAACAGUGCGAUUCGCACAAUUGGGAAGGCUUCAAGAAAGGCCAACUGGUUGUUGUGUGGGAUAUCGACAAUCUGAUCCUCUGCAUCCCUCCAUUGGAGCGUCGUCCUUGUUUCACGUGGGCAAUGGUAUCCGCGCACCCGGCUGGUGUCAGCCCUCUAUCGCAGCCCACCUCACCGAAUCCCACAUCUGGCUCCUUUCACAGCUCUGUGUGUAUUGCGUCCCUUUGA